AUGUCCAAAGGCAAACUGCCGGUGACAAACUUUGAUGUUAUCGAGUCAGAUAAAGAAAACGUCCUACCUUUGAGAAAUGGAAGAUCAGCCAGCACGCUUUCGCUCUCUCUUCGUCAAAAAUCCAAUGCAGAACAUAGCGAGACACUCACCGACCUUCGGCUGGAAUAUGAGCGUAAAAUAUUGGAGGAGCUCGAUGAUAUGGAUGACCCGUUAGAACUGUAUCUGGACUACAUUUCAUGGAUUAAUAAUGCGUAUCCUCAAGGUGGACAAUCGAAGCAAAGUGGGAUGCUUGAUAUCCUGGAACGAUGCUUGAUGUAUUUCAAAGAUUUUGAAACCUAUAAGAAUGAUCCGCGGUAUCUUAAGGUUUGGCUCUGGUACCUCGAGCUUUUCUCGAGCUCUAGUGAUGAGAGAAAGAACCUUUUCGUGUACAUGAUGAGGAAAGACAUUGGGGUGAAACUAGCGCUGUUUUAUGAAGAAUUUGCAUCACUGUUGGUGGCCCAAAAAUUGUAUUUACAGGCCAAUGAGCUGUUGUUGCAUGGUAUAGAUAUUCAAGCUAGACCAACAGGACGGCUGCGAAAGUCCUUACAAUAUUUUGAGGAACAAAUGAGGCAACUGAAUGUUGAUCUAUCAUCCCGGUACUCCCAAGAGAGUAUCUUCGAGCAAGAUGGCCCUGACUUCAUAUUGGGAAAACAAAAAAGCCAGAUAACCGAAUCUUCCAAAACGAAACCAUUGCAUAUGUCUUCUUUGAAGCACACAAUCUUCCAUGAUAUAGAGGAAAAUCAGCGCGACAAUAACUUGAGAAAAGACGGGUGGGAAUACUUGGACUCAAAAGUACAAAGAGAUAAGGAGAACAGAUUGAUCAGUUCGCAACUGAAGCCUGGUCAGAAUGUUGGCAAACUCACACAGCAUGGAUCAGAGGCUAACAACAACAAAAGACUCCCAAUUUUCAAGGACUCUUUGGGAAGAGGUAGUCCUGUCUACAAGAUCCUGGAAAUACCCGGGAGGAAAUCGGAAAAAGUCGAUUGCAAUUUUGAUCUUAUAUAUCCUAACGCCACUGAGGAAUAUUGCAUCGAAGAAAUAUUAGCAAUAUCAAGAAACGUAUAUCAAAAACAGUCGCAUGCAGAGUUCGAAACACAGAAGCUUCUUCAUUCCUCUGACCUUCAAAUCGAAGAUCAAUCAAAAAUAAAGAGGCAGAAAUUAGCCUUGAGACCCAAAAUACAACUGCAUGACAAACCUAAUGAAGGGCACCACUUACCACCAGAGGAUAUUCAAGAUACUCUGACGUAUAAACGAAUAACUACAAGCUCCACCUUACCAUUGAAGGACGACGAGGACACGCGAUCUGAGAGAAAGAAAAGUAGACCCAGCUCACCCACCGUGACGCUUUACUCUAAAGAUGCCAUGGAUGAAGUGUAUUCAAUGUUCAAUCAAGAUUAUUCAAAACCGAAGCAACUUUUGGAGACAGAUGAUACCACAAGCAAGUUUGCGGUAUAUGAGAAUUUUACACAAGAGUUUACAAGAAAAACUCUUGAUGAUCUUACGGAGGCUAGACAGCUUGGUGGUGAUAUGAUUCAAAAGACGCCUCGUAAGAGCCCCGAGGCAACUGCCAUUGAUAAAGCUAGCAAGGAGACGACAACUCCGACAUAUAAAAGUAAACUCCAAGAAUAUAUGACACCUAUUCAAGAGCGUCCAGAAACUUUUAAACUCAACUCUGAGCAUGAUGACGACAACACGGACAAGAAAAACUUUGAUAGUGGCACCAUAAAUUCAACAGAAAGCUCUCCUUUUCUUACUCAACCUCAAACUAUCAAUGUACCACCCGAGGAACAGAAGCCCGUAAUAGAUAACCCGUUGAAUGACACUUUCAGAAGCCAGCUUUUAGAAUCAGUUGAUCCUCCUUUGUCCACAUAUGAUAACUUUUACAGCUACAAUCAAUGCCUUAGGAUGAGCUCAGUUUUAAAGCGGAUACAUCAGGUAUCUAAGAAUGUCAAAAAAAAUCCAAUUGUUGAUUUCAAAAAAACGAAUGAUCUUUAUUGCAUACGGGCAGAACUUGGGGAGGGAGGUUAUGCUACUGUUUAUUUAGCAGAGUCGAGCACUGGCUCUCUAAAAGCUUUGAAAGUGGAGAAGCCUGCUAGUAUUUGGGAAUUUUACAUUUUGAAACAAGUUGAAAAGAGACUUGAUGGUGAACCCAUUCUAAGGUCCAUUAUCAACGUAGAUUCUCUGCAUUGUUUUCAAGACGAGAGCUAUCUUGUACUAAAUUAUGCAAGCCAGGGAACUGUGUUAGAUCUAAUCAAUUUGGAAAGGGAUAAAUAUGGAAGCUCUCUGGACGAAACUCUUUGUAUGUUUAUUGCAAUUGAGUUGAUGAAGGUGCUGGAGUGCAUUCAUGAUGUUGGUAUCAUUCACGGGGACCUAAAGCCCGACAACUGCAUGAUUAGAUUCGAAGAAUGUUCUGAAUUGUUAGGUGACUACGACGCAAAUGGAAAGAAUGGAUGGUCGAGCAAAGGAAUCUAUUUAAUUGAUUUUGGAAGAUCAUUUGAUCUAACACUAUUCGAACUAGGUACUAGAUUCAAAGCCAAUUGGAAGACAGAUCAACAAGAUUGCCCCGAGAUGCGUGAAGGUCGUCUUUGGAGUUACGAGGCAGAUUAUUAUGGGCUUGCGGGCAUUAUUCAUGCUAUGCUGUUCGGAAAAUUUAUCGAGACGCGAAGUUUGCAAAAUGGCAAAUAUGAGCUUAUUAGCAGCCUUAAGAGGUAUUGGAAUCAUGAGCUUUGGUCACCGUUCUUUGACCUGCUUAUUAAUAGUAACCAAUACGGAAAUUUACCGAUCACUGCAAAACUGCGAGAGCAGCGAUUACUUUUCGAAAUGUAUCUAGAAAGAGAGGGCGGUGGCCGGUUGAAAAGUCAAAUCACAAGUCUAGAACCUGAAUUGGCAAAGUUUAAGCAAUAG